AUGCCGGGCGCAACGGCCACGGGCGCCGACACGGGCGACUCGGCGGCUCGUUCCCGCGACCACAAGCAGGGCAACCAGGGCCGCUCCUACACGGUCGAGCAGAAGGCGGCGGUGCUGCGCAUCCGGCGGUGCGACGCGACGGCCUUUUACGACAUCCUCGGCAUAGAGUCGGUCAAGAAGACGUGCACCGACGCCGAGAUCAAGCGGGCGUACCGGAAGCAGUCGCUGCUGACGCACCCCGACAAGAAUGGCCACGAGCACGCCGACGAGGCCUUCAAGAUGGUCAGCCGCGCCUUUGGCAUCCUCGGCGACAAGGAGAAGCGCGAAAAGUUUGACAGGUUCGGCACCGACCCCGACAGCCGCUUCGCCAACGCGCAGGCCCAGAAUCCCUUUGCCGGCUUCGCCAGGCGGCAGCCGUCGGGCGGCAUGGCCGGAGGCGGCGGCGGCGGAGGCGUGUGGGAGGACGAGAUGAGCCCCGAGGAGAUGUUUGCGCGCUUCUUCGGCGGCGGCGGCGGCUUCGGCGGCGGCGGCGGCUUCGGAGGGCCCCAGUUCGUCUUCAACCUCGGCGGCGGACCCGGCAUUCGGGUCCAUCAGUUUGGCGGCGCGCGACCGCGGCGGCGACCGCGAGACGGCGAGGGCGCCGAGGAGCCGCAGCAGCAGGGCAUCGGCCUGCAGAACCUCCUCGGCCUCCUGCCCAUCGUCUUCUUCUUCAUCCUGCCGCUGCUCUCGUCGCUCUUCUCGGGCGGCUCGUCGUCGGCGUCGCCGCGCAUCGUCUACGACUACCCGCGACCGCCCCUGACCGAGGGCCGGAUGACGCCGAACCUCAAGGUGCACUACUUUGUCAACCCGGCCGAGAUCAAAUCCUACAGCAAGUCGAAGCUGAGCCAGCUGGACCGGACGGCCGAGGUCAACCUCGUGCGCCAGCUCAACGGCGAGUGCGAAAACGAAAAGAUGUUCAAGCAGCGGCUGCGCGAGGACGCCAUGGGAUGGUUCUACCAGGACCCCGACAAGAUGGCCAAGGCCGACGGGUACAAGAUGCCGUCGUGCGAGAGGCUCAAGGCCCUCGGCGUCGGACGGUAG